AUGGGUAAGUUGUUUAUUGGAGGGAUGAACGGAGCCCAAAUGGAGCAGGCCGAGGUUCAAGCGGCGGAAGGACGUCUGAAAGAGGACAUGCGACUCUAUCGCAUGGUUGACCUGCAUGGUGGAGGAGAGAUGAUGACGAUAAUGAGGCACGCUAAGGCAACCAAAGACUACUCUUUCCUGGACAACUAUAUAAAAACACGGAUGCCUGAAUUCCUGUUGAACAAUGAGAAGGGCAAGCUUUUCGCUGUCACGGAACUGGUUGCUCUACGCAAUAAGGAACGAAACGCAAAACUGGGUGCCUUUCUGCGUAAGAAAGGAAAGGGAAAAGCAGCUGUGAAUGUUCUCGAAGGAUUUGAUCAGAACGAUGCAAAGACUGGAGAUCUCAAGAAGGCCCUCAAACUUCUUGAUGGAGGAGGGAAAGGUGGAAAAUCAGAAUCGAAGUACCGCGAGUUGAACUGGAAACUUGAAGAAAGAGUAGUUUUUCAGGGAUCUAUGGGAGAGACCAUCGUGGGUGUAUGCCUUCUACAAGGAACAAUAAUUCAUAAUAUGCUCGCUCUCCGAAUACUAGACUUUUACCCGAAGUUGCUUAACGACAUCUGCACAUCAGAGGAUUAUUACGGACUUUCGCCUCUUCACUUGGCAAUUAUCAAUCACGACGUGCAGAUGGUUAGCAAACUAUUACAGAGAGGAGCCGACGUAAACCAAAGGUUGAUUGGCUUUAUUUGA